CUGCUCUUUAUUCUUGCGGCUGGAUGUGUGAUGUGCUGCACGCACGCAACAUUUCUAGAUGAUGGCAUGAUAGAAAAGUUACUCUGAGCUGGUAUCAGGAGUCGUGAUUGGGAGUCACUAGCAGAACGAUCAGGUACCUUAUCAAUUACCCUCCUGAUAACUUAAAUGUAUGGCGGCAGUGAGAGAAGUGAUUAAAAAUUUGUAAAAUGUUUGUUUUAAGCAAUCUGACCAAAACUGUGGCCCCAGACCGCUGCAGAAAACGUGGCCUAUAGCUAGUUGUGCGGAAAAUAAAGCAGCUAACUUAGUCAUGAAGAAAAGGCAGUGACUAAGAAUUCGAAAAAGCAUUCAGGACUGAACGGGCCUCGAGCGCACCUCUGUCAUACAAUUUCUAACCUUUCCGAAAGCCAGUAUCGUGAGCUAAUCGAGAGUAGACGCCGGGUAAAGUUGUCUGAAGAGUUCAGAAUCUAGCCUGGAUCCUUUAUUGAUUAGUCCAUAGAUAGUAACUUACGAAUUUCUUCACUCUAAGACCUCGGACAUUACCAUUUUCGAAUGACUCUUGAAGUUGUUACGGCAGAAAUUGAAAAGGAUUGAAAUCAGAAUUAACCCUGAUUUUGCUAGCUCUAGUGAAACCUGAAGCACUGGCUUCGGUGGCUUGAGGGGUGCGUAGCGCUAUCCACGGGAUAACUCGCUGCUCAGUUGAUAUUUGUUUGCAAACUUAAAUAAACCAGCAAUUCUAUUUACGUGAUAGUGAUUUAUUCACUGGCUUACAAUAUCACCAGUCAAGCACUAAAUAAUAAGUUUCUGAAAAAAUUUUCGAGUACGCUACCGACUUUGUUUAUCACCUCCACUAAGAAAUGACGAAUAUUGGCAUGGUCCAUAGUUGCAGUGAGGAAAAUGGUUCCUCGUUUAGUCUAGGUAGCCGUUAUACUCGUACACGCACAAAUAUUGCUUCCCGUAUGUGACUGAGGCCUUUGAUAUCGUGUUUAUGUUACCCAUUUUGGCUAACAACCAAAUGGCGGAGACUCUCACAGACUUGAAAGUGCAAAGGGUAGGCCUUUCAUCGUUAUUCUACAAUUGAGUAGUUUGGGGAGCACAGAGAUUCAUCAGUUGUCAUUUCAGGGCACCACGUUGUUGAUCGCAUACGGUGAAAACCAAACGAGAAAUUGGAAUACUCUUGACGUUAAAAGGUCUUCCCGGCCUAGUAGUUUAGUUUCGACAAUUUCCAAAAAUGAUUCAGAGAUGACUAGGUGGGAACUCUAACGACAUAAGAAAAAAACUACUUAAAAAAAUAAAUGAGGGAAGAAAAAUCACCUUUGCUUAAUAAUUCGAGUGUUACAGUCGCCUAAGUGAGGCCUACCCUUGUUUCAAAUAAUGCAGAUGCUAUAAAUAUAUUCGAAUGAAAAUUUCUUUGCAAAGAAAACUCUUGAUAAAUUCUUUCAGCAAAACUUACUCUGUAAAUGACCAUCACAGACUGUUGUAUUUUGCCCUUUCCAAAUUCUAUUCAGUGCAGGAAAUCGUCCGUGACUAUAAUUAGCUGUAUUCUAUCAAGGAACGAAGCCGUUAGGGUUCCUCAGUGCAAUUGGCGAAAGAUCAUUCACGUUUCAAAAUUUUGAAAGGUAGCUAGUGUACUUUUCCGUGUGAGGGGUAAUUCACAUGCUUUACUCAGCAGCAAUAAAAUUCUGAUGAGAAAAGUUUACAAAAUUAACGCAUAAAUUGAGGAGACAGAUGGAUUCAGUUUUCAAAUGACAAUAAACUCAAUAUUGUAAUGUAGGAGAGCAAACUUUGCUUGAACUGGUAUAACCGUACUGAACACACGAAGAGGAAAUAGCUCAGUUAUUUCAUAUCUGGUAUUUCACUAUGUGUUUUUCCCAACUAUGCUCUUGCUUCACUUAUAUAUAUAUAUUAAUAUAUAGCUAUUUUAUCCUCCAAGAAUUUGUCAUCCAUGGCUUCUGCGGCACCCUCGUUUCCCUCCAAGAGAGAGACGACCAAUUAUGCCCGGUUAUGCCGGCUUUUGGUGGAUGUGGGUACACUUAUCGUGAGAGAGACUUUUGACAGGAAGCAUCCAGCAGAAAACUUGUGCACAGUUUUGUCAAGCAGUAAAAUUAAUUCUGUCUUAAAAUCACUUCGAGAAAGACGUAUCUUAAAUCCCCAUCAGUGGGGUAAGAUAUAUCCUGCUAUCAAGUCUUCAGUUUCAUCAAGAGAUUUUGACAUCACUCUGCUUAUGGUUCUUUUGAGGAACAUCUGUGGUCUCACUCCUCUGGCUACCGGCUGGGACGCAUUUCCUCCAGCUUCAGAUACAACCCUUCAGGCAGAUCUUGCUCGAAUUAAGCACUACCGAAACACAGUUUACGCCCAUGCCGUCAAAGCCUCAGUUGAUGACGCAGAAUUCAAUCGACACUGGAAGGACAUUCAAAAAGUAUUGGUAAGACUGGGAGGAGUAGGCUACCAAGAUGCUAUCGACAAUCUGAAAAAGGAAAGGAUGGACCCAGAACUUGAGGAACACUACAAAGGUCUUCUUAAACAGUGGGUAAUGGAUGAAGUUAGCAUCAAGGAACGACUGGAUGAAAUCGAAGAAAAGAUGAUUAAGAAUUUCGAAGACUUAAAAGUGAGUAUGGAUAAUCAUGAAAAGAAGAUUGGGAUUGGACGAAGAGGUAAUUAUGAAAAAUGUUUUUUCAAAUACAUGUGAGAAAAUCAAGUAUUAUUGAACCACAGCUCAUACUUUUCAAGGUUUUCUUCACCCAAUCUGUUUUCGUGUGUAUAAUUUUCAGUGGCUUCUGUCCACUCGUUCAUUGGAGCUACAAUUUCACGAUUGAAAAGUAAAAACACAUACAAGGAAAGAUUGGUAAUUUUCAAUGGUUCCAUGUCAUUCUCUUAUUCAAAACUUCUUUCAGAAGUUAAGCUUCAGCCCAGACCUCAAAAAGUUUCAAACUUUGUAAUAUUUUAGAGAAAAAUGAAGGCUGCGAAGCAAUGAGUAGCCGGCUUCGAACACUCGAACAAAGGUCUUUUUUAGUUUCUGUGAGGUAUGAAGAAGUAAAACCCGCGCGCAUGAGCUCAUUGAAUCAAUAUAACAUGGUAUAUAGCUAACGAAAUACAUGGCGCAGAAAUCACCAUAAACUGACAAACUGACAUUGUCAGAUGUCCUACAAAAAUUCUGCUUUAUCAUGAUGUCAUACGAAAAGCUUCCGUUUUGAUAUGUUCUAAGGAUAAUGAGUCGUUUGCAGUGUUAGAUUAGCUGUUGAAAAACGUUUAAACUACGUCUAGCAACAGCAUCAAUAGCUUGAUUAAGAAUUUUACAACGUGGCAUGACAUGAUAUAGGAUAAGAAAACCUAAACGAUUUACCAUAAACCAGUGUUUAGUGCAGUUACUCUACCCUUGACUAGCUUAUCCUAGUUUUAAUUACGAUUCUUUCCUUAGUUUUAAAUAAAAUGAAGAAAAAGGAAGACGUCGUCAUUCUCAUAUUGGGUGAGACCGGAGUCGGGAAGUCAACCUGGAUAAAUGGGAUCGCCAACUAUCUGAAGUAUGACUCUCUGCUGGAUGCCAUCGAUGCUAGGGAAUUCACUGUCUUAGUUCCCUUCAGGUAAAACCCGUUUGUUAGAAAAUAAUACUUGUCUUUUUGCAAAUAUUAGUCAAAAUAUUUGGUAACACUACGUAUCUAUACAAAAUAAUUUAUGUAUAUCUCACCUAAACUAUCUACACUAUAUAUAUAUAUGGCUGAUAAGAUAUCCGGACAAUCAAUUGUGGAUGAAACCACAAAAUGUGCGUAAAAAUAAAGUCAACUACUACUUUUACAUUGAAUGCAGUUAUGUACAUUUCCUAAGAUAGAUAUAGCUAUGCUCGCAGUCUAAAGUUAAUACAGCUAUCAACACUGUUUACAGUAGAUGCAGCUAUCCACGUCCACGUUAGAAACAAGUAUCUACACAUUUUAUAUAAUAGAUAUAACCAUCUGCACAGUGCUCAGUAGAUACAACUGUUUACCGUGUCCUCAUUAGAUACAGCUCUCUGCACUGCGUAAAGUAGAUAAAACCAUCUACGUUGCCUAACGCAGACUAACUAAUGUAUCAACUAGAAUUUGCAUUUAUGUUUAUCGUCAAGUAACCGCGAAGUUAUUUAUACUUUUAUAUACUAUACUUUUUUUCAAUCGAAUCAAUUUUGUAUGUUUUGUUUCUAUUCAAUUAAGUUCGCGUUUUUGGGUGAGGUGGUGUAAGUAUCACGUAACGCAGGUAGCGUUUUAUUUCUCGCCAGUAUAAGUGUUGUUUUCGUUAGAUAAUUCUCAUUGUUAGUUGAUGUCAACUUAGUCAGUCCUUUCGUUAGUUUUUGCUAGCGCCGUGUUACUUUUACUACCGGAUCUGGGUACGCCAGAAAUUGUAAGUUCGUUCCUAUUUCAUGUAGCUUGUUGUUGUUAUAUUUUUGCUUAGAUUAUUCAUUCAGUUUUCAGUCGAAUCACUUUUACACAUCUACACAUCUUUAUAUCUGAGAGUUGGAUUAAAUGUCCAUUCAUGUUGGGACGUAAAAUUUGACAUGCAGUAUGUAGCUACAACUAGCUACAUUUUCUCCACGUUUUGCUACUUUGCCUUCAAAGCUAUGUGCUUAUAAUGAUUAUCAUUACAAUCUGAGUAAUCGAUUGCAUUUGUUUGGAAGUGUUAUCGAGGACUGUGCGAAUGUCUCCAGUGUUCUAUCGCAACUUCCAAACCACAUUGACUUAUAAUUUGGAUCAGAGCUACCAGAAUUUUCUCCUUGCAUUUCUCAAUUUUGCUCAUUCUUUCUUCUUUUUUUUCCGCGCUGUCUUAAUUGCUCAUUGCGAGUGAAACCUGUAUGGGGUAAACACCGAUUAAUCCGUAGGAAGAUGCUUACUGUGAAUAUUAUUACUAACACUGAUCGCAUUCCCUUUCCUCUUGACUGUGUGACCUCCAGGCUGGUAAGUACGUCGAAAGCAGUGCUCUCGAGAGAGACGAACUUUGAAGAUGGUAUGCUAUGCUACAGUAGCUACUGUCAAUUAUGAAAUAAAAAAUUACAAAAAAUUUAAUAUUUACUUCAGGUUUACCUUUACGGAUGAAAAGGGGAAAGGAAUAGAUGUUUCCUUUGGUUCGGAUGAAAAUGAAGUCUUUGCUGCUGGCCAGUCUGCUACCCAGACGACUCGGGAGUAUAUGUUUGAGACAGAAGCUAGAAGGUACCACCUUAUCGACACUCCAGGAAUCGGAGAUUGUAGAGGUAUUGGUAAGGACAAAGAAAACUUUGAGAACAUCCUGGAAUUUCUUACUCUCUACAACAAGAUUAAUGCCGUGGUUGUGCUUCUCAAACCAAACAAUCCAAGGUUGACUGUGGCCUUCAGAUUCUGUGUGGUAGAACUUCUUACAUAUCUUCACAAGUCGCUUGUCUCCAACAUAAUCUUUGCCUUCACGAACUCCAGGGGUACCUUUUAUAAGCCAGGAGACAGCCUUCCAGUUCUCAAGGAGCUCUUACAGGAAUACAACCUAAAAAUCGAUGUCUCACCGUCAAACUAUUUUUGUUUCGACAACGAAGCUUUCAGGUAUUUGUUGCUGUAGUGUCAAUCGUAGUAAUUAACUCAAUUUGGUUUUUAAACCAAAGCUUAAAAAACUUCCAAGAGUUACAUGAAUUAGAGUCAACUAUUCAGUCAUAUUACUUGCCAGCUAAUAGAAUGAUGCAGUUAUCAGCCCUGAAUAUCUAUGUUUAGAGGGGCAUGAAGUCUCCAAACUGAAUUCAGGACGAACAUGAUUUCACUCUGUGAAGUGGAAAGUUAAAUUUAGCCUUUCAAAAAAUUAUGUACUCUGCAAAGACAAAGUUUAUCUCACAAAUUUGCUUUUAAAUUGGAGCUCCAAAAUGUUCAUUUUGAUCCAGCAUUGCAGACACGUAGACAUGUGCCAAUUUGCUCCACUUGCUUAGGAACGUAAAUAGGUGGUGUAACACAAUCAUGAAAACACAUACGAACAGGUGGACGCCUUCAUAACGUCGUCACCAAAUUUUCUCGCCAUGCUCUAAGCUCCGCUGCUAUCUCUGACCGAAUCCAGGCCAUCAAUUAUUCCUGAGUUGAUCAAAACCCACUAUUUAGCUGUAUAACUAUCAAAACUUUUGAACUUGAAACUUUUUUCAUUCUUCUGAAGACAGCAAAGGUAUAUCAAUAUACAAAUAUAUAUAUAUAUUAUAUAAACCCGUUAUAAAAAAUUGUAAAUUUGAAAACGUGUGAUAAAUAUAUAUAACUUUUCUUUUCUCGUUAAAAGGUGUCUAUAUUUUCUUUUUGUAAUAUGAUCAACAAAUAUACUGGGUAUCAAUAGCAACAAAAUACCCGGUGCCCAAAGUGUAAAAAUGAUUUACGUGUAACACCGUCAGUUAAGCCAAAAUACAUGUUAACUGGUUUUAUAAGCUUCAUGAAAAUUCGAUUUCUGACGCUGACUUGAAUAAUCAGAUAUUUUAAUUUUCCGCCUCUUCGAAGGCCGUUCAGCACGAAUAGCCUAAACAAAAAUUUACCUUUGUCCUGUCACAACUUUCGAGAAAUACUUGAAAAUCUUUAGGUCAUAAAACGUUUUCUCAUUGGUUUUCUCGUUCUCUUAUUGUUUAGAAAAUUCAUCAUUAUCUUCGUCGCUUACCACAACACAUCUUGAGGUCAUUAAAUAUUCCAAACAACAGACAGAACAAGUUUGAAAAGGCGGGAAUUGUUUCGUCGCUGCUCCACUCGGUUCGCGAAUGUAGUGGUCGUAUUGAUUCUACGAGUGUUUUAGUUCUCGGUAGAACACUCACGUCCAUAUAAUAAAUAUAUGCCGAUCACGGAAGAAAGAGAGAAGAUAAAGUCUGAACUGUGCCGGCGAUUUGAUACAGAUACAUACAAAUUAAAAAGCUAAAAAUCCAUGGGGAGCCAUUUGUGCCAAAAUAUCAAUCGCUUGUGAUAAAACUCAAUCGUUAGUGAAAAAAUAUAAAUCGCCAGUGAUAAAACUCAAUCUUUACUGCAAAAAUAUCAAUCGCUAGUGAUAAAACUCAAUUAUUGGUGCUAAAAUAUCAAUCGCUAGUGAUAAAACUCAGUUGUUAGUGCUAUUCUCGAUUUGCGUGACAAAUUAUUUUUUGGUGUAGUUGCUUUGGCAUUUUCCAAGUAGCUCUUAAGGGCAACAGAAGGCUGAACCGGAGGCGUCUAGUUUGAUUUAGGAUGAAAUGGAUGUAGUCCUUUGUUUUGUUUGUGAAAGAUGUUUUGGAGGCGCAUUCGCCUUGCGAAUUGUUCAAAAUCUUGCAAGAGUUGUUGUCCAAUAUUACAUCCGUUUGCCACGGGUGUUGGGAUCAAUUUGAGACCCUUUGAGAGCACGCUGACUUGACCGUCAGAAAGUUGAUAGUUUGAGAGAUUCCUUGGGAAUUUUUCAUUUGUCUCCCUCUCUUUCGCUGAAAGCCCACAUUUUAAAGCGUUUCUAUGAUCCGCGCGUUUUGUGUUUUUUUAUCUUCUUCCGCUGUUGUUAAAGCCAGCUUUUUUUAGAGUCGGAGAACACACUGCUAUAUUCUCCAUCACUUUUAUUUGCAAGUGUAUGAAAAAGCUCUUAAGGUCAGAAAUCUCAUUCCUUAAUUCGGCUAUUUUAUUUUAUGUUCAAUUAAUUCAAUGAGGAGACCUUCAUCAAGACACAUGGAACCGCUAUGGGUACGAAAAUGGCAGUGUCGUUUGCCAAUAUUUUCAUGGCGGAAAUUGAAACGAAAUUAAUGCAAUAAAGCGAAAUCAAGCCAAGAGAAUGGAAAUGUUACAUACAUGACGUUUUCUCCCUUUGAGAUUCCGAGAGAACAGAGGUAGAUCGGUUUAUUAAACGGGCGAACUAUUUCCACCCUACUAUCAAAUAUCAGAGAACCAAAUCACCUUCCUCGAUACCACAGUGUUUUUAAAGGAGAAAGAUUCACAAAAGAUUUUAUCUUGAACAUCAAAACCCGUUACAAGCCGACCAAAAAACUUCCAAUUUACGCACUUCGCCUCGUGCCACCCACCAGGCGUAGAAUAUAGUUUCAUUAAAGGCGAAGCAAUGAGAUUGCUUAGAACUAAAUCUUCGAAAGAAAAAUUUGAAGGGGGCCUUUUGAAAUUUAAAGAACCCCUCGAAGCAAGAGGGCACCCAGAAAACUUCAUAGAAAGAUCUCUGUCAGGGGUCAACUUUGCCUCUAGACAAUCGGUUCUUACACAUACACAAAAGCCAAAGGAUCACGGAUAUUUACUGCCUUCUGUUACAACGUACCACCCGGCAGUUAAAAAUUUAAAACAAAUACUGAUGGAGCAUUGAAGUCUGAUACACAAUUAGCCCUUGCUGAAAACCUCCGAUCAUCCCUUACAAAAAGCAAAACUCCACGACACGCUUGUGAGAGGAAAAUUACAAUGCGACGUGACCACAAAAACCACAUGGGGAGUCCGUGCCGGUGUGUCUUUUCCCUUAUUCUCAUUUCAAUGUCCCUUAUCAGAUUUCAAGAAAGUAAGCGAGAUUUGAUUGGUUCAUCUUUGCUUUACAAGUGGGAGACGGAUUCAGGUUAGAAUCAUAACAAAUCGAUACUAGCACUAACAACUGAGUCAUAUUUUGGCACUAACGAUUGAGUUUUAUCACUAGCGAUUGAUAUUUGAGCAUUAAUGAUUGAGUUUUAUCACUAACGAUUGAUAGUUUAGCACUAACGAUUAAGUUUUAUCAUUUGCAAUUUAUAUUUUUGGCACCCCAUAAUACCGAUGACGUUAAAAUGUGGUAAAAGCAAAAUAAGUGUACGAGGGGCGCAGCCGAGUGUUUCACAGUAUUACUGUUCAGGCUUACCGCAACAUGGAAUCUUUUAUAUCCUGAUAACAAAGCAUAAUUUUAUUAGUGGUGACGUCAUCGAUGUGUCAAGAUUUCAAUAAACCAUAAGUAAGAAUUAAAAUCCCUGUUUAAUUUAGGCUAUUAUAUAAAUAUGUAUAUUUUUUGUUGUCUCUCACAGAUUUCUUGCCUGCAACAAGAAAGGAAUCAAGUUUACACCGAAAGAGGUUAACCUGUACUCAGAAAGCUGGGACUUGUCUUGCGAAACUACCGGCAAACUUUUCCAGCGAGUGAUGGAAAUGAAACCACACGACACAAAGAAGACUCUAAGUCUGAAUGAGGCGAGGAACUACAUCAUUGCCUUAAGCAAACCCAUGGGGGAAGCUUUUGAACUUAUAACCAUGAACUUAAAGCGGAUUGACGAUGAAACAGAGAAGUGCAAGAUUUUUGACAGUGACAUCAGCACUUUCCGAGCGCAUCUUAAAUUCAAAGGGUUUGAUCUGAUUGUUGAGCCUCUAGACUACCCCAUGACUGUUUGUGCUGGUGAUGAAUGCAAGACCUAUGCAAAAGUUGGUGAGGAAAAUGUGACGCGCACAGUUUAUGACCAGAUCUGUCAUGAUCAUUGCUACCUUCCAGGAGUAUCCGUUGAGACCAUAAACAACGACAAGCUUUACAAGUGUCGCGCAAUGCACGAAGGUCAGUGUACAAAAUGUCGUCACAGCUACAGUGAGCAUAUGCAUAUUACCUACAAAACUACACUCGUAGAGACGGAAUUCCUAACUAAAGAAGCACAGAGUUUAAUCAUGAUGAAAGAAGACAUGAAGUCUCAGAAGGAAGCGUUCAUCGAUACGCUGAAGUUGCGGAGUAAAGAAUAUAAACGAGAAAAGGAUUUCAUUUACGAAUGUGCAUCCUUUUUCGGUAUAUUUCUAAAAAAGAACGCCAUGAUCCCUUACAACGACUCCUUUGGUGAUUACGUCGACAUGCUGAUCAAGGAUGAGGAGGCUAAGAAAGAGGAGAUCAGAGACAAAGGGAAGAUAGAAAAGUUGAAGGAAGAGAAACAACAAUACGAGAUGAAAAAAAGACUCAUCAAAACAACGAUUUCUUCAAGCUCAGAAGGAAAGUUCAAAACUUCGCCUGUAGAGGAGAUUUAUAAAAGGAAAAAGAAGCUUUGCUCUUUGAAGCACAAUGGAAGGAUACUAAGAGAAGCUUUUGGUAAGUUACCCAGCUUAGAUAUUUUGGGAGAUUCCUCAAACCCAAACCGGAAGUAGUACACCCAGGCGACAAAGGAACGGGGAAGCUUAUAUAUCUCCUGGUUUGAUAUGAUGAUCCUUAAGACCCUCUCCAAAUUACGAGGCGUAUACGUUUACGACGCUUUUUUUUUAAAUGUACAUGACAUAUACACCUGCUAAUCAUAAUUACAAGGUACAUGAUGAUACGUUUUUCUUUCGUUUUAGAUGGCGUGAUGUCCGCGAGACAAAGAAUGUUCGAAGAAAAUAGGUAAAAACAAAACUAAUGUAUUACUCUCCCUCUUUUGUAUGUGUCAAACAGUUGUAUGAUUAAUCAAUACCAUGACAAAAUUCACAAAUGUGAUUGGUCAUCACCAGCCCCAUUUGAGCACAUGUUGGACAGUCAAUGUGUCAAUGCUUAUAAGUCGACAGCACGCGUGAUGUGUGCGUGCUGUUUCCGCGCAUUACGCCGCAUUUUGAUUACUCUUGCUUAUUGUCUGAUAAUGACCAAUUAACAUUUUGUGUUACAUCAUGAAUUAACUUUUAAUCUGAAAAUGAUCGAAACACGUAGUGGAUUCAAAAUUGUGCUGCCCUUUCAUUGAAUGAUAAACAUCGACACUAGUCACGGUGAUUUAAUCACUGCUGGAAUCUAUCCUAAAUAACAAAGAGAGACAAAAAGUGUAACACACUCUUCCAAUAUUAAAUCUGAAAAAACCAGAGCACCAUAUUUUCCUGUACCUGUAACAACUUAUAGGUACAGAAAAGCUCUAUUACAUACAUUGCUCUUUGGGGUAGGGGGGAGGGGCAUGACCUCAACUGAGCUGACUUAAACUUCGCUUAGCCCAUGAGUAUUGAAGAAAUUUUCGAGUAUUUGAUUUAGUUAAUAAUAUUGUAUUCUUCUGAGAUCAAUUGCUUUUGCAGAAUAUAAGCCACUUUGCUAGCUUCUUUCAAUGUUUUUUAUGAAGACAUUCGCUCCUUUAAUGUGAACCUUAUGUUUUUUUCAAUAUUUAGGAGGGGCCACUUGCAGAUCAAUGGCAGUGACAGUCUCUGGAGCCGCUUCCUCUCCAAAGUCAAGCCUCUCAAAUAGAGUCCUUGGGCAGCAACUACAUCAUUUCUGCUGGACCUGUGCAAGUUUUCUCAAUUGGACAAAAUAAUUCAAUUCUGCACCAGUAUUUGAUAUGGUGUGUCUCAGCUAUACAAGGCCUUUCUAAAGAAAUUAUGAAAAUAGUGGCACUUUUUGGGUUUGCUGAGAGAUUAUGUGAUUUCAUAAAUUAGCCAAUCAGCUCAAAGAAAUCUAUCUUUGACACUGAAAACUGACGUGGAUAAAGUUGUUUUUAGUUUUUUUCUGAGCUUUUGUUCAUGCAAAUUUGUUACCACUUUAUUUGAUUGGGAUUUUAAGAAGUUUUGGAGUUUUUAUUUUCAAUAAAUGCUAUGGUUCAUUAAACAAGUUUAAUACAUAUUUUCAAGGGAGUCUAGACUCCAACCUCUUUUUUUGUUAAUGGAUUUUACAAUGAAUAUGGGUGAGCCAGAUCAAUUUUUAGACUUCUUUGUUAGGGAAACUAAGGCUAGGGAAAUAGCACCUGCCAGCUUCCUGCACUUUGUCCCGCUCAUUUAAGCCCCAACUGCAGUUAUGAAUUUCCAGGGUUUCCACACCAGGGACUUGCUGAUUGUGCAGAAGCUAGGUGUUUCAGGGGAUGGCCUUAGUGGAAUAAUAUAUUUUUUUUCCUGAAAUGUUGCCCUGCUUCAUUGAAUGCCCUAAACCCCACAUUUUUCUUUGAAUGAAAAUCCUGCAAAAUUUUAAAAGCAGAAACCAAGGCAAAAUCUAAAUAUAACUUUAUGACUUGCUUACUCUAAAGUAAAGUAACACCAUAUGGUAUACCUUUUUGCAAAGCAGCAUUAUUGUCCAUUGCCACUUUUCCAUUUUUUUUACUUUGGAGUUUUUAGUUGGAAGGAGGGGGGGGGAAGAUGUAACUCCCUUGCAAGGUUGUAAUUAAGUGCUGAAUAAACAUUAAUGAAUGAUGUUAUUUCAGUGCUGUUUUCCUGUGUUGAAAUGAACUUUCACCUCAUUUAAGUUCUCAUAUUUUAAGUUUGUAGGUGGCCUGUAGUCAAGAAGUGCUAGCUGAUACCUCACAUAAUUUUUUCAUUGAUUUUUUAAAAUGAAAUGGUUUUUUUUAAACCAACACAAUUUACUUACAGAAUUUAGCAGGACUGACAAUUUGAACAUUAUAAUCCAUAGAUUACAUUAUUGACUGACAACUUUCAUUAUUAGUUAUGCUGAGAGAGGUAACUAAUUAUUAUUGUCAUUUUUAUUUUUUGUUGAUAAUUUCCCUACAGUUCACAAUGAUUACCUGAUUAUCUGUACUUUUUGUAUUCAUCAAUUCAUGUAUCAUAUUUUCUCCCAUGUUAUCUGUCUUUCUUUUCUCUUAUAGUUAAAGGGGUCCUCAUAGUAUUACUCUGCUUUCAUGAUUUCCCAAGGAUUAAUAUUCAAGAGAACUCUGUUUAAGACACUGCCUUGUAAAAGGGUUGAUCAGUUCAUAUUUUAGGGAACUUAGCUCAAAAUGGAUUCAUUAUUUUGAAGCAUUAAUUAUUUGUUGAAUUGUAGCUUCCAUUACUAUUUUUGUUAAUUGUUUUCUUGAAAUAAGUAAAUAAUUUAUCUAGUCUUGACUACCCUUCCUGAAAGAGGCAUGACAAUUGUUCUAGCAAAAGAGAUUUCCUCUGCGGCCUCUCCAAAC